GGCAAGAUGGCGUGCUGAUCAGUCACUCGUUUGAGAGUCAGAAGGAAAUUGUCCCGAAUUUUGACUUUAAUCUUAUAAAAGACACUCCAAAUAUUUGUUAAAAGUUUAAUGUAGUAUGAUCAAACCAGCUAGACUGAUAUUUAAAGACGGAGACAGUGGAAACAAACAAGUUACGAUGAGUGCUAAGGACGCAAAGAUUCUAGAGCAGUCUUCCGACCAUGUCUAUGCAAUGGAAGUUGGCACAAUCAGCAAAAGAAAAGACUCCAUGCCAUCAACUCCAAGUAAGAUUCCAGCCGGGAAGAAGACUAAAACUCUAGGACGGGAAGGUGAGGUAUCUAACUUGGCCAUUUUGGAAGCCAUUCAAAGUUUGGAAAAGAACUUUAAUGAGCAACUGUCACAACUUCGUGAGCAAGCCAAACAGAGUAGCAGCAUGGUUGCUAGCCUAGCUAAAGCGGUGCAGUUCAAUGCCGAAGAGGUAAAAGAAUGCAAGGGGAAAAUAAACGAGCUGGAAAAGUUCAACGAGCGUUUGUCCAAAGAAAAUGAUGAACUUAAAGAAAGAAUCCGAGAACAAGAGAGAUACAAGAUGAGGUGGUGUUUGAAACUGAGAGGUUUGUCGGAAAGAAGAGACGAGAACGUUAGAGCAGACGUCAUUCAACUCUUCAGUGAGAUCGCUCCCGACAUGGAACGGCGGCAGCUCGAAGAAGCAAUCGACAUUGUUCACAGAGUCGGCCGUAAAGAAGAUAACAGAAGUAGGCACAUUGUUGUUUUAUUUAUCCGGAGACUUGUCAAAGAGGAGUUAUGGCGACGAUGCAAGGAUUCCCUGGUGUGCAGAGAGAAGGGCGUCCGCCUCGCCGAGAUGCUUCCGCUUGAGGACAGGGAGGCAAGGAAGAAACUGUGGCCGCAGAUUGAACAGGCUCGCCGGGAUGGAAAGCGUGCUUAUUUCCGCGGGCCGCACGGAUUCAUUGAGGGUCGGCAAAUUGGUUAAGCAAAGGAAGGUUUGAUCUACUUGCACUAAAUGUAGAUGGAGUGUGUUAAAAGGUCAAGGGACUUUUUUGUAUUACAAACCAGCGUUAAUAAGCUUGAAGUAAGUUCUUACUGUUUUGUUUAAGCUUUGAAGCAAGUUCUUACUUUUUUUUUUGUUUACAGUUUUUAGUUAUUCUCAGUAUCUUGAGCAAUGUUCAAUUGUUCAGUUUCAUUUGCUUCACUAAACGUGAGGGGUCUAAAGGAUUUGGUCAAACGAAAGGCACUAUUUUUAUUUUGUAAAGGGAGAAAACCACAAUGUCUAUUACUACAAGAAACUCAUUCUUCCCAAGAAGAUGUGAAGUUUUGGUCUAACCAAUGGGGUGAUCGAAUACUGUUUAGUCAUGGGACCAACAAGUCUGCUGGUGUUGCAGUUUGUUUUAAUAGGUUUCCAGGGGACAUAAUUGCAAACAGGACAGAUAAUCAAGGGCAUUGGCUGAUGGUGGUCUUAAAAAUUGAUGGCUAUUUUUUCAUUUUAGCUAACAUAUAUGGUUAUAGAACCAUUGCUCAAAAUAAACAGAUGCUUGAAGAUAUCACUAAUACUCUAUCAGAGCUCAAAAUUAUUUAUCCAACAGACUUUAUUUUAA